CUUCAUUAUAUUCCCUCUUCUCCAAAUUUCAAUCCCUCGCGCAGAACACAGUCGCCUACCAACCGUGCCAACCAAAUGAGCCCGAGAUGACAGCCCCGAAGAAGCCUCGGCGACAUUCCGGAAGCCAAAGUGACGGAUCAAGACCUGCACGACAUCCUGGGCGUCAUCAAAAGAACAAGCAGAGCGCGGACAAAGAAAACCCUAAGACCGACAACCUCGCCGGAACUUCCCUUCCGCCGCUUGGCCCGUCACGCACGCUUCAGCGGCUCCAAGAACAUAAUGUUGAGACUGUAUGACAAAGAAGGCCCGAUACGCUGGUGGCUGGGAUGUGGAUACUACGUAGUUUGGCGGAGCUGUGUUCCUCAGACAUAAAGCGCUUAGACCUUAAUAAUCCCAAUCCACCUUUUGUCUUAUCA